AUGGCCGCCGAGCUCAGCAGAGCCAGCAAGGGAGAGUCUCCUUGCAAGGUCACCAAGCAGAGGGCAGGAUGGAAAUUGCCCAUCUUCCUCACGCUGUGCCUGUUGCAAGGUUCUGCUUUGACCCCUCCACAGAGAAGACCCCAUCUCAGAUGCCUGCGGACCGUCUCUCUGCCCUCUGCACCCCGCCUCUGGGCCAAGGAAACACUCACUCCUUUCUCACCCCUCUGCGGGAGAGGGAAGACAUCCAUCGCAGACGCAAACGCACUGAAGGGCCCGAGGCUGGUGUCCGGGGAGCCGGGGGGAACUGUCACCAUCCAGUGCCAUUAUGCCCCCUUGGCCAUCAACGUAUACGAGCGGAAGUACUGGUGCCGUCUCAGUCCCCUGACGUCGUUCUGCCACACCAUUGUGUCCACCACCGGCUAUGCUCAUCUUGGCUACCGUGGCCGCGUGACGUUUGCAGACUUCCCGCAGAGAGGCUUGUUUGCGGUGAGGCUGUCCCAACUGUCCCCGGAUGAUGUGGGCCGCUACCGCUGUGGCAUUGGGAAGAGAAACGACAUGUUCUUCUUCAGCAUGAAUCUGACCGUCUCUGCAGGUCUUUCCAGUGCCGUCCCCCCACCCACUCUGGCUGCAGGUGAGCUCGUCGUGGCAUCCCUUGGAACAGCAACACCGGCGGCCAACAGAUGGACCCCAGCAACCUCCCGGAUGACAGAAAGACAAGGAACAGGAUUCCACAGAGUUGCUCUGACUCCAGGAACCAGGAAAACAACAGCUUCCGCUGAGGGCAGGCAGACCCCAGGAACAACUGGGGCAGCAGCUCUAGGGACAGGUAGUCGGGUAGAGAGUUCUGUCCGGACAACAGUCCCCAUUCCAGAGAGUUCGGCUUCACCCAUCGGAGAUAUGUCCAAUACGACAGAAGGUGUUUGGGUGUGGGACACCAACGGCUCGGUAGGGGAUUCGGGCAGGCCCAGCGAAGAAGGGAGGGAGAUGACAACUACUGAGGCCGAUAGGCCCCAAGAAGAAGCAGAGAGGGUCAGAACAGCUCUGGAUGUAGUUGGGAAGGUCAUAGGGACCAUCAGGCCAACAACUCUGGUCUCAGAAAAACGGGUGCAGGAAAUCUUGCAAGAAGCAACAGCCAUUGCUAAGCCCCAAGCCCUGGGCUCUAUUGAAAGAACUACCCCAGCUGCAGGCGUGUGGACCCUGGGGCCCUACAGCAUACAGGUGGCGUCUGAGGAGGGAGCUACCGAAGGGGACCUAGACACGCCUGCUGGAUACAGCGAUCCCCAAGCAACACCGAGCCAGGCCCCGGCAGCUGGGCCCAGGAGGCCCCUGGGCAAGGGGUAUUCCAUGAAGAGGGCUUCUCCAGGAGAGAAAAACAUCUCUCGGAUCCUGACUCCUGUCUCUACGGUGCUCUUCCCCCUCACGCUUGUGGCUCUCGUCCUGUUGCAAAGGAGGCUCCGGAUAAACGGGACCUCUCAGGAGACAGAAGGGACAGCAGGGGUCACCUUGAUUCAGAUGACACAUUUCCUGGAACUGAGCCUCCAGCCAGACCAGCUGCCCCACGUAGAGAGGAAGAUAUUCCGGGAUGAGUCUCCUCCUCAGGCCCGUCUGACUGUCCCCGAGAGGCACCCUGGCCCCCAAGGAGUGGAACAAUAAGCUGUUCAGUCCCCAUGGAAAGAGAGCCAGGACGAAACAGCAUGACUUCAGCCUUUUUUCAUCCUUCCUCCACCUAUACAGAGGGAAGCAAAUGGACUGGGGAAACAGAGGCUGGCCGUCCUUGGGCCUAGGAAAGUCAAGCAUUUCCCACAGCCAAAGGUGGUAUAUGACUCAAAGGAGGCUGCAAGAAAGGAUUUCUUAAACAUUGGCGGAGGUCACCUAGGAGAGCGUGGAACUUCCAUUUCCAGGAGUUUGAAAAUAGAGGAGGCUUCCAAUUGCUACGAAUUCUUAGCCAUCAUUCCUACUCCUUGCUAGGCAUCCCCUUUUCUCAGGUCUGUUAGCAUUCAGCCUGCUGCACACAUUUAUUUAAUCAUAUUCACGUACACGAGGCUUGCCUUCUCAAGAAGAUUCUAAGCUCCUUUAGGGCAGUAAUUGUGUUUGACUCACAUCAUUAUGUCCCCAGAGAACUUCCAAUUCAGUAGGGCGCCCAGUAAGUACUUGUGCUGAACGGCUGACCAGAGGGCAUGGGCUCAGUGGCCUCCGAGGUAUUCUGAGUCCCCCUUCACUCCCCUCCAGUCCCCCAGAGGACUCCAUAGGCAGGUGUUUUCUCCAUAGAAACGAAAAGGCACAACCCCCAUUCCUCAAAUCAUCCCCCCACAUUUGGGCCCAUAGUCAUCAUGCUACAGACCUUUUGACCUAGGCAAAAUUUUCUGGGAUUUUCCUAAAUUCAUGGGCAAGGAGGGUAUUUUUCAGUAGAUUCUCACCUUUUUCAUAAAGCUCCCCUUGUUCAACGGCUUCUGAAUCCUUGAGAUCAAGGACUGUUGAUGAAGUUGGGAAAUGACCAUUUGGGGGAGGGAGGGGGGUGGAUGGCAGAGAAGGUGGCCAGAAGGAAUUUUAUGUGGAUUCUGCUUCUAUAACCUUUUCAUCCCAUGCCUAUUGGGGAACUUUCACUCCAUCCUUGGUCCCACUGUCUUUCAGGCAUUACAUCGGCUCUUUUGUUUUGCCGAAUCUUGUAACCAACUGUCUGAACUUCAUGUUUGGGCAAAGCAGCCUUUGAGCAAUGGAAGAGAAAGAAAAGGAAGGCUCCAAUGUCAAGUUGAGAAUUGUCAAGUGGACAUUUCCAGAAGGAUCAGCCCUGCCUCCUAGGCUGUCAGCAACACCAGAAACACUUUGUUAACACAUCCUCACAGCUGGUGCUGAACCCGGACACUCUCCCCAGAAAACCGUGGAGAUUUAGUCUUCAAGUUUGGAGAGAGAGACCCCAAUGUUUUGGAUACGUAGGGAAGUUGAAAACAUCUGACCAAACAGAAUCACAGAAUUUCAGAGCUAAAAGGUCCUUAGAAGUUAACCACUCCAGGGUGAGGUAACUGAAGCCUUGCGGGGGAGAAGGAAGUUGUUUUUUUUUUUUUUUAAUUUUUUUUUUUUUAACGGAAGUUGUUUAAACCCAGUUAGGAAUAGAGGAAGGCUCAGAAAAGAGAGCUCAUAACCUUGAUUUAGUGCUUUCUCCACUUCGUCACUGCUAAACAAUGUAUCAAAGCAAAACUAGUUAAAAAUAAAUCAAUGACACCACUAUGGCCUUGCUCCACACCAUUUUCAUGAAUGCUGAAAAACCUGUAAGAGAUAGAGAGAUAAGGCAGCCACAUUAACCCAUUCAACCAAUAAGGAAGCGGGCCCUGGAGGGUAUGUAAUACAGCUAAGGUCGUUUGGCUUAUUAGAGGUGGGGACAGACUGAGACCCUCCCCCCCCCCCCCCCCCCACCCUGGAUCACUCAGUGCAGGAUCACUCCACCUAACUGGUGUUUACCAGGGGCGUCCACAGAAUGCUAGCUUCUCAAGAUUGUUAAGAGGUAUUCUGAGGGGGGGAACAAAAAAAGCUUCGGUAGAUCAAACAAGUUUGGGAAAUGCUGGUUAAAGAAUAAACAAGUUUCUUUUGCGUAGGACUUUUUGGAGCCUCUAAUCCACUAAGAUGCAUUGCAAAUAGCCGUGGGGUGUGGGGACAUGAUGAGUGUUUUCCCAGUGUUUUGGACUAUUGUGUGUUGGUGAAGCAAUCUCACUGGACCAGGAUCCUCAGAUCACUUACUGCUUGGGGAAGUUGGCUGCACUAAGGCAGGGGUCAGCACCCCUUUUUCUGUAAAGGGCACGAUAGGAAACACUUUAGACUCUGUAGGACACACAGCGUCUGUUGCAACUCCACAGUUCUGCUGUUGUAGCACUGAAACAAUGACUCUGACGGUGUGCCAACAACAUUUUAUUUACAGAGAUAGGUGGCAAGCUGCAUCUGGCUCCGGAGCCACGAUUUGCCAAGCCCUGAACUAGCACACAAGACUCCGAUGUGAGGGAUCAGACCCUCAUUCUUCCUCAAAAGCUGCCCUUGCCACGCUGCUCAGGGACCUCUCCUUUCUCCGAAUCCCUGUAACACUUUCUGCUUGGGGUUCAGCAGUCGGGGCACCCGGCCUGACUGCCCCAUCUUGGGGAAAGAGGGGACCGGCUCGGCAAGGGUGUUGGCCGCGUGGCUGGAGUCGGGAGCGGCUUCUAGAAGUAGGACCAGGUGCAUUAGGGAAAGCUGAGGUCCACCGGCAGGGGACGAGCUAGUACAAGUUCAAAGGGUCAGAGCAGAGCCAAGAUUAGAGUCUCAGGGCCUACUGUUCGGAGCCGGGCAGAGAUAAGAUUUGAGGGAAAUUCUCACCUGGAAGGAAAUGGGGCAGCCCCAUGUCUUUACAGCUCUUCUUUAUGGGCUCCCUGAUAAGCUGGUGUGACGCGGGAGUAAGACAGACAGAGCAGGCGGGCUCCACCACUCGGUAUUGUUGUCCGUGACUUGUUUUUCCUCUUCCUUCCCCCGUUAGCACGAUACAUCACUGGGAUGCGAGGCAGGGAAACAUCCAUCGCUAGGCUGGAAUCAAGGA